AUUACUCUUUCUGGAAAUAACCCUAAAAUUGUUAGCUUCUUCAUCAAUGAAGGAAAAUAUUACUGUAAAUUGAAGCAAUUUGCAUGUUCAAAUUACUUCUCACAAUCUGAAAUUUAACGAUUUCCGAUCGAUAAGCAGCGCCGUUUGAACAUGUCUGGGUCAAACGACGGUGACAAGAAUGGGAGGAAACGUAAUCUUCCUUCAUGGAUGAGUUCAAAACCCGGUUCAAGUGGUUCGGGUCAGAGUAAAUCAAAUGAUGAAGGUGAGACGACGGAGACAGCUGAGCAAGGGAAAGGUAGACGCAAAACCAACCAUGGCAAAACACUUCCCGACGAAGCUGAGAACGAAGCACAUUUUUCAAAUUUCUCAAAACUUAUGGAAGGGGUUGUAUUUGUCCUAUCAGGUUUUGUCAAUCCCGAGCGUGGUACAUUAAGGUCCCAGGCUUUAGAAAUGGGAGCCAAGUAUCAACCUGAUUGGAACUCGGAAUCCACACUCUUGAUCUGUGCAUUUUCCAAUACACCAAAGUUUCGUCAAGUUGAAGCAGAUAAUGGAACAAUUGUAUCGAAGGAGUGGAUAACAGAGUGUUACAAACAACGAAAACUUGUUGAAAUUGAAACUUAUCUUAUGCAUGCUGGCAAGCCAUGGAAACGUCAAAGUGUCUCUCAUGAAUCCAGCCAAGAUCAAAAACCAUCAACAUCAAGAAAAUCUCAAACAAGAGGAGAGAAAAAUUCACCUUUUAAGACAACUACUGCUCCUUCAGCUGCUCCUUCAUCUGAGGAGGUACAUUCUGAUAAUGUAAAAGAUGGCUUCUCUCCAUAUAAAGUGAAAAAAUGGGCUAUAGAUGAUCUUAACCGGACGAUUUCAUGGCUGGAGAAUCAAGAUGAAAGGCCAGAGCCCCAUGAGAUGAAGAAAAUAGCUGCUGAGGGAAUUCUAACCUGUUUACAGGAUGCCAUAGAUUCUCUUAAUCAAGGGCAGGAUAUGCGUCAAAUAACUGAACAGUGGGAAUGCAUCCCUCGUGCUGUUGAGGAGCUGGCAAAGUUUGAUGGUAGUUGUGUUGGUUCAGCUACAAUGCACAAGGAUCUUUGCAAACAAGCUGCGACCUGUAAACAAAUUUAUGAGCUGGAGUACAGAAAUAGAGAAGACGAUGAACUUUCGAAGAGGAAAGAGCAGCAGACUCGUGUAAGUGGAAAGGCUGGUGGCGCUGCCAAAGAUGCUGCUGCAUAUGACAGUGAUGAUACUGUUGAGAUGACAGAAGAGGAAAUUAACCAUGCUUAUAAUGCCGUAGCAUCUACGGUUCGAAACACUAAGAGAGUGUAAAACUGGGAGGUAGAAACGCUAAUCUUCAAUUCCUUUUAGCCUGUGAAUGGAGGAAGAAGAUGAUAGUUUUAUAUUUGGACUGAGUAUCGACAUCCAAGAGUUGUCAUCUGUCACUAACCUGUUAUAACAAAGUAUACAAAAACCCAAUUACUCUGGGCUGGAUC